AUGGAUGAAGCCAAUUUUUUAAUUAAAAUUUUAUAGUAAAUUAGGCUGUCUUAAGCUUGUAUAAGUACUGUCUUUAUAUAUGGCAAGGAAUUUUAAAAAAAUUAAUUUAACAUAAUGAAGCCAAUUCUCCUAAUGACAAUAUAAAUUCGAACCGUCGUCCUCGAGCUCAGUCUUUUAAUCAUACUGUUGUGAGUCCUACGAACAGGAGUGAUCGAUCUGGGUCAAUUAAAUCUUCAUUAAGGAGCCCGAAUAGUUCUCCUUAUGCGAAACUCUCCAGUUCAAAAAACCUGAUGAAUUCUACUCUUCCAGCGUUCUUGCAAGGAAAGACUGCUCCAAGGAUGGACCUGUCAGCUACUUUAACGUCCGUUUCACUGCUUAGAUGUAUGUCUACUGAGCCUGCUGAUAUUACCCACAUUCGCAAAAACCCAGGGUUUCAAGUAGUAGCUGCUAAUAGUCUCAAAGAUACAAACUCAGUUUGUUCGAGUCCUGCUAAAUUAUAAUCAAUUAAAAUGAUUUGAAGUAUGCUAUUCUAUACAAAUCUAUUAUAUUUAUAUAAGCUUUUCAGUGCUAUAUUGUAUAUCUGAGAUUGAAAAUCUUAUCCCAGCUACCCUUAUUAAUCUAAAUAUCCCUCAAUCAAGUUCCUCUAUUAAUCAGCAGCCAGCCGCUCAGAAAAGGAGAAUAAUCAGCCCUGAGGACCAUAAAAGACCUGAAAAUGUUUCCAGUAAAGAGUAUAUACUAGCAUCUCAGCCUGGAUCAUUUUUAAAUGUAAAAAAAAUCCAAAUUUCUAACGAAGAACUUGUAGCAAUAAAAUCUAAGCAGCCAAUUCCCAAUAAAAUUAUUGAUGCUUGCAUGACGAUUUUCAAGCAUCAUAACCAUUAUAAGCUGAAAACUAACCAAAUCAGAGAAAAAGUCCUGAUUUCGAACACCGAGUUUUCUAACAGAAUUUUUAGUAAAACUCAUAAUCGUAUGUAUCAUGCGAAAAAUAACCCAUUCAAUUAUGAGUAAUUUUUAUUUAGUAUUUUAUUAUUCCCUAUUCCAGCUGACAAUAACUGAACUUUGCUAUCAUUAAAUUUAAAAGAAUUUAGAGUGGAGUAUUUCGAUCCUCUACAAUGCUAUAAGCGAUCAAGUGAAAUCCAAGCUUUAGUUUAUCGAUUUUUUAAAGCGGUGAGGCUAAAAAGUGCACUGUACCCCUGAUUUUCAAAAUGGCUUUUUGGUAUGAAAAAAAAUACAGUUGUUACUUUUUGAAAUUUACCAAGCAGGGGAUGAAAAAAGUAUAUAUGGUGUUUUAAAACAUCAAAAAACAGAGGAAAAAAGUAUAUAUAAAAAUCUAUAUUCUAUCAUGGCUAAGCAAAUUUAAGCAGAGAAAGCUCAAAAUGGGAUUGCAUAUAUUGUAUACUAGCAAAUAAAAUUAUACUCUUAUGAGUGAAAAGAUCUUCCUAAUAGUGUUAUAAAUAAAGAUUAAUUUAUUAUUAUAUUUUCUCUAAGGAUAAAUAAAAAGUUUCUUCAUUACUUAUUUUUUUGUGGUUGUUUUUUAUAAUUCUCUAAAGAUUGAUCAAAUUUAUCUGCUCAGGGCAUAUAUUUAUUCCAAUUUUCCAAAACAGUUGGCAUUUUUUCUUUUGCAAGAUUCUUAUGUUCUUUCGUUGUUGAAUCUUCAAAAUUCGAGCUAAUCCCAUCUUGAGCUUUCUCUUGUUAAAUUUGCAUAGAAUAUAAAUUUUUAUAUGCACUUUUUUCCUCUGUUUUUUGCUGUUUUAAAGCACCAUUUUACUUUUGAAAUUUCAAAAACUACCAUUUACACUUUUUUCAUGCCAAAAAUCCAUUUUGAAAAUCACAGUCAUUUUUAUAGGUUUUGUAGAGGUUUGAGAAAGCAUGGUGUGCUUUAUUUACGUAUCUUCACACGACGACUAUUUCAUAACGACUAUUUUUUUUUGGCCUAUUUUUUUUUGGCCUAUUUUUUUUGGCCUAUUUUUUUUUGGCCUAUUUUUUUUUUUGGCCUAUUUUUUUUUCACCUAUUUUUUUUGGCCUAUUUUUUUUUGGCCUAUUUUAUUUUGGCCUAUUUUUUUUUGGCCUAUUUUUUUUGGCCUAUUUUUUUUUGGCCUAUUUUUUUUUUUGCCUAUUUUUUGGCCUUUUUUUUGACAAUUUUUUAACUAUUUUUUACUAAUAUUUGGGCAUAAUUCCAUACUAAUUGUUUUUAAUCUAAUUUUUAAUGUGUUUUUAAACGAUUUAACCAACAAAAAAUGCACCCUUAACAGAUUUCUUACUCCAUGAAUACUAAUUCAUUGCUUUUAAAAUUUCGAGAAUUUUAGGUUUAAUUAGGAGUUUUUAACUUAAUUUACUCAAUAUUAAUCGCGUAAGGAAAGGUCUCUGUUUCUCAAUAAGGUUGUAGUCCUCUCAGCAGCUUCAUGAAUGAGGCUAGGCAAAAAAAAUAGGCCAAAAAAAAUAGGCCAAAAAAAAUAGGCCAAAAAAAAAUAGGCCAAAAAAAAAUAGGCCAAAAAAAAAUAGGCCAAAAAAAAAUAGGCCAAAAAAAAAAUAGGCCAAAAAAAAAAUAGGCCAAAAAAAAAUAGGUGAAAAAAAAAAUAGUCGUUAUGAAAUAGUCGUCGUGUGAAGGAACCCUUUAUUUAACCUCACCCAUUUUAAAGCAUGAGCUAAAGCAUCAUCAGAAUAAAAAUAUUGAAGACAGUGCAUGGCGAGAUCUAAUAUAUACCAACAGCAAUGAAAAUAUAAGGCUACUAGAGAAAGAUUCCUCAAUUUAUGUCCUUAUGAAAGCUUAUAAUAUUUCAUUAGGAAUCAAGGAGACAUUUUCACAUUUUAAUGUGAGUGACCACAGAAGAUUUCUGUAUGAUUUGCUAUUUUAUAGAAAAUUUAUUAUCCACAAAAUUGUAGCUCGAUCGACCAAGAGCGGCCUUUUAUUAAGUUAAUUUUUCUCCCAGGUGAGAGUUUUUAUGUUGCUCUUUUGACAAUUUUUAGCUUAAAUGAGCCAAGUCUAUAAUCAUCGCUAAAUAAAUAUAAAUAAUUAAGCUUAAUUUGCUAUUAGAAUAUGGUAAACUUUAA